AUGGAAUAUUUCGACCCCUACCAGACUAUCACCGGGUUCCACGCCAAUCCUCUCGACCCGAAUCUGCCAUCAUUCCAGAUAGUUCCUGCGGAACAACUGCCCCCCGUGUUGUACCUUGUCCAACACACUGAUUCGAGAUCCUUGUCCUACGGCCCCCCGUUUCGCUGUAUCCUAGCAGCGGAUGUUUCACGUCGACUCUUCACAUUCGAUGACCUAAAUUACUUGGCAAAGCACCACGCCUACAGUCCUUGGAUUACGAGGGGACCAACCCGCUUCAUCUCGACGUUUGAGCACCUGGAGCGCGCUCGACAGUGGGCAAUAUCCCGCAGGUUCCCCAAGAUAUACAUCAUCAGCACGGGACAUCUCCCGGAGGAUACCAUCGUGCUUCGAUCCCCCAACGCGGACUGCUACCUGUUCUUGCACUGGAUCCCGAGGUCCGCUAUUGCUGGAGAAGUGCUGAGCCUGCUCCCAGAUGAUGCGGCGGAUGUCGAGGAGUAUCAGCACAUCCGCGAGCCAGUACCAGGCUACACUGUCCAUGUCCCUGAUCCACCUUGCGUCUUCCAACGCACACGAGACUCAAAGCUUGCCCCGAACUACAUUCAUAACAAUCAUCUUCGAGGAUACCAGGUCGGCCAAGGCACAGAUACUCACACGAUCAUGGCCCCAUUGCCCCGAGUAUCCGUAUUUCAGUCUCCGUUCCUACAACCUACCUCCGAACUCAACUGCAAGAAGUACAAUGAAUACUGGAUAUACCGGCCGGACGAGUUAUACGCCGAGAUUGGUGCUGAUGUAAUCUAUGCAUUGUAG